AAAACAAUUGCACGUACCAAAACAGUUAGUCACACGUGCAAAGCCCCCCUUGUGUAUAAGAUUGCUGACUGAAAUCAGCAAUGAGAAGAUAAAAGCAGCAGUCACAGACUCAAAGAGAGGCAGAUUCUAUCGCUGGAAUAUUCCAUUUUCUUCUCAGGUGAAAAAACGCUUGGAAUUUGAAAAAAAAAAGAGUAAAAGAAUAAAGCCUUUGAUUGAGAAUUGUGAUGCCGUCCCGUGUCCGGGAGAAUCUGUUCAUCGGAAACAUCAGUGACGCGGCGGAGAUUCUCCAAAAUGGUAGCGCUGAAAUCACGCAUGUUCUCUCAGUGUUGAGCUCUCCAUCCAUCUCCUUUUUCACGGAAUGGCGCAGUAGUCUUACCAUUCCUGCUAAGGAGAUUAAGAAGGUAUAUGCUGGUGAUUUAGAGAAUGAUUUAGGUGAUGGGUCAAAGAGAGCUCUGUCGCCUGAUAAGCUUUUGUACUCGUUGGAGUAUGCUGGCAAGGAUUUGAAGCUAGUAAGGAUGGCUGUGCCCAUUAGAGAUAUGGAGAGCGAGGAUUUGUUAGAUUACUUGGAUGCUUGUUUGGAUUUCAUUGAUCAGAGUAGAAAAGAGGGUUCUGUUUUGGUGCAUUGCUUUGCUGGUGUGUCGAGAAGUGCUGCUAUCAUUACAGCAUAUUUGAUGAGAACCGAACAACUAUCCCAAGAAGAUGCUCUUGAAUCCCUAAAGGAAAGCUGUGAGUUUGUUUGCCCCAACGAUGGCUUUCUAGACCAGUUAAAAAUGUUUGAGGAAAUGGGCUUCAAGGUUGAUCAUGCAAGUCCAAUAUACAAGCGAUUUCGUCUGAAAGUAUUGGUGAUGAUCAAUGUAUUAGUAUCACUUCUAAUAAGGAUUAUGCAAGCCAUACUCUUAGGUGAUUCUUAUAACCGUGGGGAGAAGAUAGACAGUUCUAAAUUUGGGGCUGAUCCUGGUGUGCUUACUGGUGUUUCCUCUGAGAUUUCACCGUCUUCAAAUCGUGAAAACAAGCGUACAACUGCAUACCGCUGCAAGAAAUGCCGGAGAGUUGUUGCAUUGCAGGAGAAUGUGGUGGAUCACAUUCCAGGAGAGGGCGAGACAUCUUUUGCAUGGAACAAGAGGAGAAGUGGCAAUCCCUUCAAUAAGUCUGAUGAGCCUGAAUGUUCAUCUAUUUUUGUUGAGCCUUUACGGUGGAUGUCCGCAGUUGAGGAAGGUGCAUUAGAAGGGAAGCUGUUAUGUGCUCAUUGUGAAGCUCGCUUGGGUUACUUUAAUUGGUCUGGUAUCCAAUGCAGUUGCGGAAGUUGGAUUACCCCAGCUUUUCAGCUCCACAAGAGCCGAGUGGACAUCAGCUUUGUCUAGCACGCCUCGAGGCAAAAGAUGUUGCCAACCUAUCAGCUAUAGUACACAAAUGGUCAGCAAGCUGAAUAAAAAGGAUACCAAGCGAACAAAGAAUAUUAUGUCCUGGUCAUCUGCACUGGGCAAUGGAAAAUCUUAAAAACUUUCAGAAGCUGAGCUGUAGAUUUGUAGCUUGAGGUAAAUGUUGUUUUGUAUUUUUAGUUUACAAUGAUUUGAUAAUACGAAAGGAGCAAUUUGCUUGAUAUAUCAAAUUAAAUGUUGUCUUGAA